AUGAAGAAGGAAGAGGAGGAUUACAAAAAGACAUUUUCUCAUAAACUUGAGCCUUGGAGGGUGAUUUCUCUCAGCUUUCUAGGGUUUUUUCUUAUCGUCAGAGCUCUGUUUUCACAUCUAUUAAAACAAGGGAGGAUCAAUCUCUUCAGUCUCCGACAAAUCCACAUUUCUUCCAGCCUCUUCUUCCCGGUUUCCACUCCCACCUCUUUGUUGCAGACCAUUCCGUUGAGGUUCUUUUCAGAACAUAUAGAAGGAAGAAACAAGAUCAAUACAGUGAAGCUAAAGUCGGACGCGUGUGAGAAAAGUUGGAAAGUCAAGAUGGAAGGACGGAAACUCACCGUCGGCUGGAAAGACUUAGCCGACGCACACGGUUACCGAGUCGGAGAUAUCAUUGUUUUUAGACACGAAGGAGACAUGGUGUUCCACGUCACGGGUCUUGGGUCUAGUUGCUGUGAGAUUCAAUACGGACAGUCUAGCAACGGCGACAAUGAUAGUGACAGUAAUGAGGAGGAGAGCAUCAGAAACUUGCCAAAGGAGGAGAAUCUAAAAACAGAACAAGAGUCUUCAUCGGACCAAUAUUGUUUCGUUGCACAUGUAACAGAAUCAAACAUGCGAGUGGAUACACUGUUUCUUCCGCAUAAUUUUGUUAGUUCCUAUGCUAAAGGAAGCAACAAGAUUGUUUUAAUGAAUGAAAGACGAAGAACAUGGAUGCUUAAGCUUAGGUUUAGGGAAUCUAGUAGAACGUUUUACUUGAAGGAUGGUUGGAAAAGUUUAUGCCAUGAGAAUGGACUUGAACCUGGAGAUUCUGUUGCGUUUAAACUAGAGAUAAACAACGCAAAAACGCCUCUUCUCUGUUUCUCUAGUUCGGAUACAAAGAGUGUUUCCACAAAAGAUAGCAGCAAAGAAAAGAGAAAAAGAAGUGGCGAGAGUAGUCAACAAGUGCCAUCAUUAUCAUCUUCGCUAAGUGGUAGCCGAUUUGUGACACUAACUGCCACACUAGCCGGUCUAAAACAAAGUAGACUUUAUCUUCCAGUGAGCUUCACUAGGUUUAACGGAUUGGAAAAGGCAGGAGGGAAGAAGAUAACUUUGUUGGACAAGCAUGGAGGAGAGUGGCCAGUGAAUCUCGGGAUGCAAAAGAGGUAUACAAGGAUGCGUUUGGGUUCAGGGUCGUUAGAAUUCCUCAAGGCUGUUGACGUUAAGGCAUGUGAAUCUUUUGUGUUGGAGUUGGUUUGGGAUAACACAACCAUUCCUCCUAAUCCUAUGCUCAAGUUCUGCUCCAAGAUCAAGACCUCCCUCUAG